UAUUGGGUCAGACCGUCUGACCCAAUAGCUUCCGUCGGACGGGCUUAGCCAUCAAAAACGCGCGGGCUUUCUUUUUUUUUCAUAUUUGUUUUGUUGAUCAGCAGUUUUGUUUAUUUUUAGAAAAAACAUAUAACGGUUAUUAGGUCAUUAUCUUUUUUCGAUUUUGAAACAGUUUUUUGGAUUUCUACUUGAUUCUCGCUAGUUUUAAAACUGAUUCUUCUUCAUUUCAAAGAAACCGAUAUAUUAUUUACUGAUUAUUUCUAGAAUUUUUCUGCUUCUCUGCUUCUCUGCUGUUGAAACUUAGCGUGUUUUUUUGUUCGUAAUUCAUUACGUUUGCAUCGCAAAUAUGGUGAAGAGGAUUAGAGAUGAUGAUUCUAGGUAUAAUUUCGUUUGUUUUUGCUGCAAAUUUUUUUUUGUUUUCAAAAUUUGAGCGUUUUUGUUGUUGUAAUUGUAAUGUAGCCCGAAGUCGAAGAAGGUGAAGAGUCUCGCAUCUUCAGGAAAUUUUUUGGCACUGUCUACUGCUGGGAAGAAGAAAGAGAAAGAUGGUGAUUAUGAUCCAAGAUGUGAUAAAUCCUUGUCUAAGAAGAAAGGCAAAUCUGAUUUAUCACCAAUCAAGUUUUCAUUUUCAAGAUCUAAUCCCGAUCAACAGAAAGACACAUUUGAUAGAUCGUAUGUUUUUUUCAUUAUUCUCCUUUUAUAUUAUAUGAUUGUGUUUUUUUUUUAUGUUUUAAAGUUAUUUUUGUUCACUUUUGUUAGGAAUUUCACUGAGCAAGAAAUAAAGUCAAUUAGUCUACAAGUAUUGUCAGACUAUUCUCAUUUAAAUGAAGUGGUUAGUAAUUUGAGUGAUGAGCAAAAAAGAGACAUUAGGGAUAUUGGGUUUGGGAGUCUCUUAGAUAUUAGGAUAAAGAAGUUUUGUCCUAAUCUGAAUUUGGAGGUGUUGUUGAAUUACAAUGCAUCUGGAAUGAUGUUUUCAACAAAGAAUGGUAAACUGAUUUUUAAUAAGUUUAUCAUUAGUGAUGUUUUGGGGUUACCUGUGUCAGAUAAACCAGUAGAGGUUAUAGAUGAUGACGCCUUUAGGAGGAAAGGUAGUCAGAUAGAGGCUGGAAGUGCCAGGAAGGAUUGGCAUAGGUUUCUUGGUAUUUCUGAUCCCAAGAAGGUAUAUAUUGGUAGAAAAAAUUGGGAUGAUUAGUUUAAGAAAUAUCAAUCCGGGGAUGAUUUCAAGAAGUUAUUUGUUAUCUUUUCGUUGUCCAAGCUUCUAUGUCCUAUAGCUGAUUUAGGGCCUGUGCUGAAAUGUGCCAAGAGUUUAGAAGAUGCAUCUACAAUUUCAAGUUAUGACUGGUGUGGAUAUAUAUUGAGAAGUCUUUGUGCUGCUGUUUUGGACUGUCAUCAGUCUAUUAUGAUGAAGAAGAAUGAGCUUGGACAGAAGAAAGUAUCAUUCAAGCUUCGGGGAUGCGUUAGCGCUUUGACUCUUGCUGUUAUUCACAACUUCAAGUGUCGUAAUCUGGAUUAUUCAAAUGUCAGUAAGCCAUUUAUCAGUUAUUGGCAGGAAGAGAAGGAUUUGAGUGAUGUUGUGAAGCAGUUUGAGAUCAACAUGGAUUUUAUUCUGCCGGUGAAGCGUGAAAAACAGAAGGUUGAGUUUAAAACUCCCAGUGUUAGUGUUGCUAGUAGGAAGUCUGGUUCUCCUAUAAUUAAGGUGGUUGAGGGUCCAUCACCUUCAACUAGGCAGCUUAUCAUGGAUCUUCCUCAUAGUUUGAUGACUGAUGAGGAAAUAGAUGCUCUUGAUGUUCCUGAAUAUGUGAAGAACAUGCACAAGUUGAAGAGGAAUGCGCUUGCAUUCUGUCAAGUGAAUUUGGAGAUUGCCCAGAAUAUUCGGGAGGAAGGCGAGAAGCUGUCUCAAGACAGUAUUUCUCUGGAUGAUAGUGAAGUAUUUAACCCAGAUUUUCUGAGUCAAAUUGACGACAUAUGCAAGCGUCAUUUGGAAGCGAAAGACAGUGCAAACAAAGUUGAUCCUACAAUUUCACUAUUGGUGAAGCGGCCUGUUGAAUUGGAGUUUGGAAGAAAUGAAAAUGUUCCUGAUUUGGAUUCUGGUGUUCAUGGAGUUGAUUUGAAAGAAGGAAGUAAGUUCCUUUCAUUAUAUUAUUUUCAUGUUGUAGUUUUGUAAUCUGGUUGGAAUAAAAAUUUUAGACUCUAACUGAAAGAAAUGUUUAACUGAAGAAGUGAAAUAGCUAACUUUGAGACUCUAACUGAAAGAAUAAAAAGACCAACUGAAAACUUUGACAGUCUAACUGAAAUAAUAUGAACACCAGCUGAAAAUGAGAUGAAUACUAAAUGAAUUUUUUCAAUUCACUUAAGUUUUCAUUUGAUUGCUGGAUUUUUUCAGUUUAUUUUUUUUUUCAUCUGUUGGAAACAUUGUUUCA